GCAUAACAACGUUAGAAAUGCGAUUGCAACUGCGUGAAAUCGGGAAAUGGCUUCUGAAAAUUGAUUUAUUUUCAUUUUGGUACCCUCAAAACAUCGCGUGUGGGGAUCUUAGCUUUACAGAUUGCUUCUGAACAGGACAGAUAUGGAUACUAAGAACAAAACUUUUGGGUUCUGAUCAGUGAUAUGUAACUGAUCUCAGUCUUGUGUUUUGGCAAGUCUUCUCUGCGCACACAAGUUUUUUUUUUUUUUUUCAAGUCCUAGAUGAAGAACUGAUAUCUAUUAAAAAAAAAAAAAGAAAAAAAGUGAUGGCAAACGUAAGAGGAUCAUUCGAAACAGAAAGGAGAGAUGAGAAAGAUUCGCUCACUGUUGUUGAUCUGGAUGGCCUGGAGGACGAAGAUAAUGCAGGAUACAACGAGAAUGGUUUUGUAUCACCAGCAGAGUUAACGAAAGUCAAUUUCCGGUCAUUAAUCGGCCAUAAAGAUGAAGUGAAUACAUGUGCAUUUUCUUCUGACUGGUCAAGAAUUGUUACAGGAGGAGAUGAUAUGCUGGUCAAACUGUGGGAUACAAAGACAGGCAAAGUGUUAUUUACUUUGGACAGUCAUGAAGGUGCAAUAAAAUGUGUGUGUUUUUCAUCUGAUGGAAAGCUGUUUGCCUCUGCUUCGUAUGAUCAUACUGUCAAAGUUGUGAAUUGUAGCUCUGGGAAAGAGGUCUAUAGCCUGGAAGGACACACCCAUAGUGUUGAAACAUGUUGUUUCUCACCUGACUCCGAAUAUUUGUGCUCUGGAUCUUGGGACACAUCAGCAAUUGUUUGGAACUUGAAGACUGGUGUUGCUGCAUAUGUUUUGGAUGGUCAUCGUAAUGUUGUACAGGCCUGUGCAUUCUCUAUCAAUAGCUCCACUGUGGCAACAGGUUCUUGGGAUUGUACAAUUCGUCUGUGGCCACUUGGAGGUGGAAAAAUGGAUGUCAAGUGUCUGAAGGGACACAGAAGUAAUAUUCAUGCAGUGGCAUUUUCGUGUGACAGAUUACUGGCCUCGGCAUCCUGGGACAGUACUCUACGACUUUGGGACAGUCAGUCAGGGGUCCUGUUACAUGUACUGGAAGGGCACACUGGUUGGGUUCAGGCAUGUUCAUUUUCGGAAGAUGGUAAACGUUUGGCUUCCGCUUCCGAUGACCAAACGGUUCGCGUUUGGGACGUAGAAACUGCCUUGUGUUUAAAAGAACUUGAGUGUGAUACAGACGAGAUUCAUACAUGCUGUUUCACUCCCAAUGGUUCAGUAUUCGCAUCGGGCCCAGCAGAAGCUGAAACAACUAUUUGUAUUUAUUAAAUAUUGCGUACUGGAGAGAGUAUCAAACCUGCAAUAACUGAGAUACUUCGCUGCAAAGACUACAGAUACAGAAAAAUUGAUUUUUUUCUUCUUUACGGUAUAUUAUCCUCUUUGGCCUUUCAUGCUCCCCCAUUUUAAAGUUAAGGAGGAUCAAAGCAAGCUUUGACGUUUAAAGGCAUAAGAGGAAGGAUUCGAUUGUCAGUGGUUGACGGGUGUUAACUUGCAUGUCCAACAGUAUUAAUAAUGUCUCACUUUUUGGUCGCUAACAGUAGCUUGGUGGAAAAUGACGGACUGUGAGCCUUUUUUCUACUAUGGAGAAAAUUCCUAAAUUUAUUUGAUGAUAAGAAAAUAGCUCAAAUGACAAUUCAUCCAUUGCUAUUUAUGAUUGAUUCUAAAAAAGUGGUUUAGAAAUUGACAGUACGUACAUUUUCAUGCUUUUCAUUGUUACAUUGUUUCAUGACUUUACUUUUCAGUUUUCCUCUAAGCAUCAUAAAGAUUUUAAAAACAGACAAAGCAGAAUGUACCAUACGCAAAUUUAGCUUGCAAAGAGGAGAAUUUUUAUUCGAUUGUGCAAAGGUGCAUGUAGUGAUAAAUACUUCAAUAAUGAUUUACAAUUUAAAUGAAGAUAAGUCUUCGUUGUAAAUAACCCUCACAAAGAUACAAGAUAUUCUAGAAGAAAUACGCCAAAAGCAUCAAUAAAUCAAGAAACAGGUGGUUGUCAA